GGGCUAGUAAGUGUUUUGCCAACCCUGGCACUAGGUCUGCAAUGCGACGUCACAAAUAGACAUAAAUUGUACAAAAAUGAAGUGUGCAGUGCAAAACUGUGCAAACAAGUUCAGAUCAAGACAAAAACACUCGCAACAAUUAAGUUUCUUCAGCUUUCCCAAAAACCCGGACGUCUUAAAAAAAUGGCUUUCAUUUUGUCGCAGAUACAACAAAGAAAAACUAAAGGCACCACUCAAGAGCGUCAUUUGUAAUGAGCAUUUUAAAGAGGAGGAUAUUCAAGGAGCAUUGCAGUUUCAAAUGGGCCUAUGCAGCAAAAGAACGCUGAGACCGGGCGCCGUGCCAUGCAUAAACAAAAACGACGUGAGUGCAGUUGAACGAGAGCGAUCUGAAAGGCGUAAAAACAAAAAGCUGGUCGCAGAGCUACUAGAGGAAGCGGCAGCGCGUGAAGCAGCCGAAGCCAGCGGAGCAAUUGUUAUAGCGCCAGACUUUAUCAGAAACACAGGCAUUGUCUCGGUACCCGACUUCGUUAAUGCUACAGGCAAUGCUUUCACUCCAUGUACACCGACACCCAGUGAAAGCGAUCCCUUGGCUGAGGAGCAGGCUGAGCUUGAGUUGAGCAGAAAUGAAAAAGUUAUUGAGCAGAUUAAGUGUCGCACCUGCUAUGAGACAUUUGUUGUUGAUGAAAAUGCUAAAGACCUUUGUGAUGAACAAAACGCUGUCAUGUUAUUUCACAUUGAAGUCAUAACCGGUAUCUGGAUCCAAUGUAGCGAAGGAGUCUCGCCGUUCAUGUGUUCAACCUGCGUCCAUAAUCUGCGCACAGCCAUUAAUUUUCGAGAAACAUGUAUUCGAACGGAGGUAGAACUUGCAGGAGAUACGAUUAUUAAGGAGAACGACACAGACGCUUGGAAUGCUAAUGAUUCAGAGAUAGUGCAGAUUAGCGAGAAUAGUGUUAAAGAUUAUGUUACCAUAUUUCCGGCAGAAGAUCAAAAUGGUCAAACAACUGUCGUUGAACCUAUGCCUUUGCCUCUGGAAACAGCACAGCAAAUUAUUCAGCCAGUAUAUACAUCGGCUGCAGACUCAAAUAGUAUUGCAUUGGGAGCUCAGAUUUAUGAAGAUCUUCUUAAUGAAUACAGGGGUAAGGAUAGAAUAGCACGUCCACGACAAAGGAAGGUAACAAUAACCAGGACAAAAGUGGUAAGAAAACGCAAACGGAAACCUCGGGAUCCUAAACCGAAAAGACCGAAACGCACAAAAGAGGAAAGAAAUCGAAUACGUCGUGAGCAAAUCAGAGCCAUGCCCUUGAAUCAUGUGUGCGAUCAGUGCGGCGCCUCAUUUCGGGUGAGAUGUAAUUUAACGAUCCAUAUGCUAAGGCAUACGCGCACAAAGAACUAUCCUUGUCCCGAAUGCCCUAAAAAAUUCUACGAUGCCUAUAUGCGAAACAUUCAUAUACGAGUACGGCACAGAGGCGAAUUGCCAUUUGAAUGCAAUUUCUGUAGGAAAGCAUUUGGUUCUUCCAAUACGCGGUAUCUGCACGAAAAAAAAGUUCACGGAGCAUCUCCACGCAUUCACCGAAACUUGAAUAGAUUGAAUAAAAGAAUCGAGCUUAAAAAUGAGCAGCAGGACCAUCAACAGGAGGAUGGACUGGGACAAAAGGAAAAUGUCCGCCAUUUUUGUUCAUAUUGCAAUAAGAGCUACGCAACAAAAUAUGCACUUAAUUGGCAUACCAAUAUUCACUUGGGAGUCACGCCAUUUAAAUGCAAACUCUGCGACAUGAGCUUUGCAGAUCCUCAAUCGAAAAAGAAGCACGAAAUGAAGCAUGAUAGUAAACGUCCCUUCGAGUGCGAUAUUUGUCUUAAGGGGUUCUAUGUGCGCAGCAAGCUGAAGGAACAUGAACGUAUUCACACUGGCGAACGACCCUAUAGAUGUGAUGUUUGCAACGCCUUCUUUCGAUACAAGUUCAAUUUGUGUUCGCAUCAAUUUAGCAAGAUGCAUAAAGAAAAUCUACAAAAGCUAGCAAAGGUUGAAGUGAUCGAAGAUUCAAAUUAAGCCAGCAUAACGGAACUAAUGGGAAUAAUGGACUACAAUUUGCAUUAAGAUUUCGAAAAUACACAGCAUUAUUUUCCUAUUAUUUU